UACAUAAAAUCUCUCGAAGUUUCCUCCUUCAUUUAUACAUCCCCUCCCGGCAGAAGUCUUACAAGAUAAUUUUCCUCUCCCCCUAAGUCCAAAACCACCAUCUCCCUCUAAUUGCCACACAGAACAAGAGCAAACACUUGGGCGAGUUCCCUUUUUUUUUCCGGGGAAAAUCGUUUUCGGUGCUUCGCGAUUGCUAUGUGCGACUGUCGGUGGUUAGAGAUCAGUUUUGUCUAGCAGUGGCGGAUUUCUGAAGAUUGCGGUUCUGGUGGUGUGUUAGAGAUGGAUCGGGAAGGAGGAUCCAACGGCGGAUCUUGCUACUACUCUGUUCUGGGGAUUCGCAGGGACGCCUCCUUCUCUGAUAUCCGCACUGCUUAUCGCAAACUCGCUAUGAAAUGGCAUCCAGACAAGUGGGCCCGAAAUCCGGGGGUGGCCGGAGAGGCAAAACGGCGGUUUCAGCAAGUCCAAGAAGCGUACUCCGUUCUCUCAGACGAAGCAAAGAGGUCAAUGUACGAUGCUGGGCUUUAUGAUCCUCUGGAGGGAGAAGAUGAAGACUUUUGUGACUUCAUGCAAGAGAUGAUUUCCAUGAUGAACAAUGUGAAAGACGAGGGAGACAGCUUUGAAGAUCUUCAAAGGAUGUUCGUGGAGAUGGUCGGUGGAGAUGAAGUGAGCUUUGACCUUAAUGGAGAUCCAACGGAUAGAACGAGGGCACGCGUUAAUUCAUCAAAAGGUAAUGCGGCUAAGCGCAACACGUCUCGCUGCUGACGCACUGUACUGGAUCAAUCAUUCAUUCAAAGCCCAUUGGAUUGGAAGCUAUCCCGGGCUUGUGAUGUGUAACUUGGGGGGGCGCCACGCACCGGAUAGUUUAGAUAAGUUAGGCUUAUUAUUAUUAUUAUUAUUGCUAUCGUGACAGGUUCAGAAGCUUUAUGAUAUGAUAGAUGGAAUAAAAAAUUGUCCCUUUAUUAA